CAUAUAGCCUGGUUGUAGAUAACUACCUAUAAUUUUUAUCCCAGAAGGGAAGAUUGUGUCGUCUGCUUCAUUCUCAACUGAGAAUAUAUAUACGUUUCUGCUUCAAUAUCAUCUGGAUACAUACGGUUCUUCUCACGAAGGAAUUGGUAGUAUGGAGAGUUGUUGGAGCUUAUUGCAGAGCAUCAUGAUUGCACUAUGUGUGGCAGUCUUCACAAUAUUAGUCGUCCUCUUCUUUGGAGUAUGGAAGCUGCGCACCAAAGUGCUGCCGAGUCGGAGUGGAGUACCUCGGAAACCCCGCUUCAGAAAGAGAGACAAAGUAUUGUUCUAUGGACGUAAAAUGCUCAGGAAGGUGAGGAGUUUUACUAAAAAUACAGUGGGAGCAGCCUAUUCUGGUUCUGGCCGAGGGAAAAUGAAAAAUAAACUAUUAGUGAUGAAGCUAGCUAAAAGAUUACUACAGCUUCGGAACAGAAAUGCCUUACCACAAAGGAAACAUACGGAGCCUCCACAAUCCUUCCUGGAGACGGACUCGUCAGAAAUUGAGGAGUCUGACCACCGUUUACCCCCAGAGGUCCUUUACAUGCUCCGUAGUACUAGAGUUUUUGGUCAUUUUGAAAAGCCAUUAUUUCUGGAGCUUGUCAAGCAUAUGGAGUCCAAAUUCGUAACCCCGGGUGGUUACCUGUUUAAAAUUGGAGAUGUUGAUGACAGUAUAUAUGUGGUACAGAGUGGCAAACUACACGUCUAUAUAGCAGAAGCUGAAUCUGAAUAUUUUGUUAAAGAAGUAAACACAGGUGAUAGCAUCCACAGUCUUCUCAGUAUACUGGAUGUUCUUACAGGUUUUUGCCAUGCUCAACCUUUUAAAACAGUCUCUGCAAAAGCUGUAGAAGAAACAACAGUAUUGAGAUUGCCUGCUCUUGCUUUCCAAUCCUUGUUUGAAAGGUUUCCAGAGUCCUUGGUCAGAGUUGUUCAAAUUAUAAUGAUACGCCUACAGCGAGUGACAUUUACUGCCCUUCAUAACUAUCUGGGCCUCAGUAAUGAACUCAUCAGUCCAGCAAGUAACACAGAGAUGCGGACCCUGUCAAUCCACACCAUUACCCCACAGUCUAGUCCACAUAAACGACAGACAAGUUUUACACCCUCUUCAUCAGCUGACAUGGAGACCAUGAAAGCUUCCUUCAUGGACGUGCGGAGACAACACUCGGAGGGCGGUGAUGUAGAUCACCUUAAAUCUGACUUUGACACAGCGCGCAUGCGAGCACGUGCACACAGUGCAUCCAAGAUGGAUGCUGAGGGAGGGGCGUCUAGUUCUACAUCUGUACAGAGACACAAAGUCAAGAAAACAGAUAUGACAACAUCAAUAUCCUCACAGAACACCAAUGAGGAGAUGGUCCUCAACCUCGCCAAGAAAGAUCUUAUCACACUUCUCAAACUUAAAGACUCCACUAUAUUGGAUGACAAAGUUUCCCUGCAGUACAUCAAGGCUGGAACCACACUUAUCAAACAGGGUGAUCAGGAUGCAAGUCUCAUUUUCCUCAUCACUGGAAAUCUGCUGAUUCUACAACAAGUUGUUGGUGCUAAAGAAAAAGAGCAAGCCCUGUUGUUUUGUUCCCAGCCGGGAGAAAUGGUUGGUGCCUUGGCUGUCUUGACUGGAGAGCCGUCAUUCUUUACCGUCAGAUCAAAAACUGAUGUCCGCAUUGUUGUCAUCUCCAAAAAUGACUUCUAUGAAAUGAUGCGGGUCCAGCCAGACGUUGUUCUCAAUGUGGCCAAGACUACACUUGUGAGGAUGACACCAUUUGUACGACAGAUAGACUUUGCCCUUGACUGGAUGCUGACCGAGGCAGGGAAGGCACUGUUUAGACAGGGAGACCACUCCGACAGUAUUUAUAUUGUCCUGACGGGACGAUUCCGGUCCGUGAUAACUCAGAAGGAUGGUAAAAAGGAGCUGGUGGCUGAGUAUGGCCGUGGGGAGCUGGUUGGUAUUGUGGAGGUUCUCACCGACACUGAACGUACCACCACCAUGAUGGCUAUCCGAGACACAGAAUGUGCUAAACUACCAGCAGAGUUACUAAACUUGAUCAAGAGGAAGUACCCACACAUUGUAACUCGACUCAUCCAUCUCCUUGGACAGAGAAUUCUGGGACAUCUACAGACCUCACGUCAACAGGUUCCACUCGGAGCUAGCAUAUUUUUAGAUCCGCCCAAGCAUCUGCUCCCUCAGGACAGCGACACGCCCUCUCACAGUGCGGAUAAUCUACAGAUCGUAGAGAACAGGUCAGUGAGUAACCUGGCUACGGUGGCUGUCCUGCCAAUAUCUAAGGAUGUGCCUAUCUCCACCUUCACCCUAGAGCUCCAGAACGCCCUUAAAGCCAUAGGGCCUACCACCAGACUGACCAGUGGCAUUGUGAAGUCUAGACUGGGAGGGGCUGCACUAGACAGUAUCCAUGAAUUCCGCUUGUUUAACUGGUUGGGGCACCAGGAGGACAUGCACCGAAUGACCCUGUACGAGUGUGACUAUACAAUGACGAAGUGGACAAAGAACUGUAUAAGGCAGGCAGAUUGUAUCCUUAUUGUGGGGCUGGCUGACAAUGAUCCUGCUGUAGGGGAGGUGGAGAAACAGAUGGGAAAUAUCUCUGUGCGGGCUCAGAAAGAACUGGUCCUGCUGCACAAGGAGGACGCGGAGAAACCAAAGGGCACAGUGGAAUGGCUGAAUGCUCGUGGCUGGUGCUCGUCACAUCAUCAUAUCCGCUGUCCAAAGCGUGUCUUCUCUAAACGCCCCGAUGACAAAAUCUUGGAGUUGUACAACCGGCUGUUUGAGACUGAACCUGACAGACAGAGUGACUUUGGUAGACUGUCUAGAUUUCUAACCGGCACUUCCAUUGGUCUGGUCCUGGGAGGGGGCGGAGCCAGAGGACUGGCCCACAUAGGUAUGAUCAAGGCUAUGGUGGAGGCCGGUAUCCCUAUAGACAUGGUAGGGGGCACCAGUAUGGGAGCUUUUAUAGGAGCUGUUUGGUGUGACGAGGUCAAUGUUGCACGACUCACACAGAAAACCAGGGAAUGGUGUAAGGAAAUGACAUCAUUGUGGAAGAAGAUUGUAGAUUUGACAUACCCCAUAGCAUCAAUGUUCUCAGGUAGGGCAUUUAACCGAUCCAUAGAGAUGGUGUUAACAGACAGACAAGUGGAGGAUUUGUGGACUCCAUAUUUCUGUAUCAGUACAGAUAUCUCCACAUCUAAGAUGAAGGUCCAUACCACAGGAAGUCUGUGGCGUUAUGUGAGGUCUAGUAUGUCCCUUUCUGGGUACAUGCCGCCCUUGUGUGACCCGAUGGACGGACAUCUUCUGUUGGAUGGUGGAUAUGUCAAUAAUUUGCCUGCGGAUGUGAUGAAGUCGAUGGGUGCCCAGUCUAUCUUUGCUGUAGAUGUCGGCAGUCAGGAUGAGACUUCCCUAACAAAUUACGGAGACGAUCUCUCGGGUUGGUGGUUGUUAUGGAAACGCUGGAAUCCAUGGGCAGAACCUGUCAAGGUACCAGACAUGAAUGAGAUACAGUCCCGUCUGGCCUAUGUAUCAGGAGUCCGACAGCUAGAGAUGAUGAAGACCAGCGACUACUGUGAAUACAUUCGGCCCCCUAUAGACAAGUUUGCCACCCUCCAGUUUGGAAGUUGUGAUGAAAUCAGUGAUGUAGGGUACCACCAUGGAAAGACGUUGUUCUCUGGCUGGGUGAAGGGUGGACUUGUCAAAGAACUGUUUGAGGAGAAGUCCAAGGACAAGUCAUGCAGUAGUAACUCAAUUCUGAGACCUGAGGCAAACAUUCCAGUGAUGGCCAACUUUACAGACUUGGCCGAGCUUGUGUCCAAGAUUGAUGAGCCACAGCACCAUUUAAUGUCAGACUUUUACGAGCCGGAUGACGAGUAUGAGGAUGAUGAUAGUGAUGAUGCCAACAGUUAUGAAGUAGAGGAGGGAGACGAGGAAUCACUAGAAGAUGAUGUGAUCGACGACGAAGUAAUAGAGGAAAUUGUUCGUUCUCCCUCAAUGAUUCUUUCUCAGCCUGCAGCAGAAUCAAAAAAGAGUACCUCCAACAUGAGGAGGAGAUCUAGUCAAGGCAAACAAAAUAAGUGAGUCAAACUCAACAAGUCUUUCAAGUGAACUGUUUAACAAACUUACUGUAUUAGUAAUAUGAACAACCUGCUGCCAUGUCAGGAUGGUGUGGAAGUCAACUUAAUGUGGAGAUCAACAUUUCUGCGUGAGUGAUCUUCAUGGGGACGACAGUUUAAAGAGAUCAACAUUUCUGUGUGAGAGAUCUUCAUGGGGGCGAGAAUUUUGAUAGAGAUCAACAUUUCUGUGUGAGUGAUCUUCAUGGGAACGACAAUUUUGAUGGAGAUCAACAUUUCUGUGUGAAUGAUCUUCAUGGGGACAACGUUGUAGACGGAGAUCAACAUUUCUGUUACUGUGAGUGUUCUUCAUUGGGAUAACAGUUUAGAUGGAGAUCAACAUUUCUGUGAAUGAUAUUCAUGGGAACGACAGUUUUGAUGGAGAUCAAUAUUUCUACAUGAGCAUUCUUCAUGAGGACAUCAACUUACAUAAAGUUUUUGUAUGAAUGACAUUUUCCAAUCUAAUGCCUUUGGGGAAUGUAACAGCCUCAGGAAUUGAAUCAUACAAAAAAAUCCUUAUACUGCUCACUUAUCCUUCACACUGGUAAACUGCUUCCCUAACAGUAUUACUUGUCUAUAGCCUGAGUUUCCUCUAGCCCUUACACCAAACAUUGACAUUCUGACCAAUAUAUAUACCGGGUACUUCACCAAACAUCUAUCUGUCAGAAAGUCCCAAGACUGGUGUCGGAGCCCGAGAAAACUCAGACCACUUGUCUCUAUGUUUACAUACUGUCUGAUUGUAUGUCAGUCUAUCUUUCUCAGACCAUGUAUCUCGCCUACUUCUUACAGAGUUUAUGAGUAUGACAAAGAUUAGGUUAUCCUUUCCACUGUACAAUCUAUAUAGAUUUAUGACGCUCGAUUUAAUGUGCAUACUAUUUCCCAGUGUCGUAUCUCUUACAGCUAAAUUUUGUACCUCUUCUAAUGGAGAUAUGUCACACAUAAAAUCAGGUCUCACAACUGACUUUAGACAGAGUUAUGGUCCUUUGUUCAAUUGUUGGUAGCAAAUGUUGGCAAGAUAUUGGGGACUGAAGGUUUCUGUUAAUACUUUAAGAACCUUCCACAUCACUAUAUGAUCAGUUUUUGUUUUCAAAUUGUUAUAUUGACAGAGGUGAAUGUCUAAAAUCCAUUCCUUUUUAUUACUAGUUUUGAUUUUAAGUCAUAAAAAUACAAUUUUUAUCAUCAUUUGUAGAAGCAUGGUAUGAUACUGUCCAAGCUUAUGUAAUUGAGUUUUGAUCUCUGACAUGUGUCAACUGUCCAAUGUCACUGUGUGCUUCUAAGUCAGGUAUUGUAUAUUGUAUAUGUAUGUAUGUAAUUUUCUAUUUGUUUCUCCAAUUCUACAUGAUCCUCCUAAUACAACAGUGCAUACUGUGUACAUGUUUUUUAUUAAAUCGGAUACAAGUGCCUCAACUUUUGUUCUAGGAUUCGUCAAAUUUACAAUGGAGUAUUGUUUUUUUCUCUAUACAUUGUAAUUGAUAUUAAAAUGAUGUUCCUUUGUAGUGGAGCUACAAAUCUGUGGAUUCCCGAUAGUAAUCAUUAUGUUUGUCUCUCUACUCUCACCCAGAUUAUCAGAAAUUUGGCACAAUGAUACAAUAUUAUAUGUUGAUGUUCAGUAGGGUAUUCAUUUUCACUUUUUGAAAAUAGAUCAUAAAAAUAUAUUGUAGAGUAGGGGUAUGUAUAAUGGAAUACACAUGUAUCGGGGUGGGGGUGGGGGUUAGGGUUGGGGUGGGUUUAGUGUUUUAGGGAAAGGACAGGAACUGAGAGGGGUCUGUCUAUGUGUUCUCCGAGUGCUUAAGUUGUCUAUAUUCAGUGAAAGCUUUGGUUCGAUUAAGAAUUAGCUGAAUAGGUGGUAAAUGUUGUCAGAUGAUGAAAUAGAAAUACGUUAAGAAAUGUAUUGCCCUAUACAAUCAUGCAAUGUACAUAUAAGGCCUUGUAAUGUAGUUUGACUUUUGUUUUAAGUUAAAACAUUCAGUUAUCUGUGAUCACCAUUAUUAUAAUGAUAUACUAAGCACAAUAACAAUGCAUUUUUGGUGUCAUUUUGUUACGUUACUAUGAAUAUGUGAUUCAAUGUUGCUUAUUAAAAUUUAUUUACAAAUACAUGUACAUAUAUAUUGUGUAUGUGAAUCAGUCACUCUAUUCCAAAUAUUACUACAAGCACAUUAAGUGAAUGUAGCGUUACUGUCGUUACUACAAGCAUGUGCAGUAUUGUUCAUAAUUAUACUCUAAUCUUUGGUAUACAUGUCAGUUGAAUGUUUUUCCCCUGUACUUGUUGACAAAUAGUUUUAAGUGUUAAUACUGUACAGGUCCUCUGGUUCCUGUAAAGGGAUAGUACACGAUGGCAUUUUAAUCUUUUACCUAGCAUUUACUAAAGGAAAUCAAAAUCAGAGAGGGAUAUCUUUGUUACACCCCUUCUCUUAUAAUUCACUGUCAUCAUUGUUUUGUUUUGUUAAAUUCAAGAAUAUUUACCUUGUAUAUUUUGUUUUUUAUUUACUCAAAAUGUUUAUUAGUCCCCUACCGAUGAAACCCGGGGGACUAUAGGAUUGCUCUUCGUCAGUCUUGUAGGUACGUACAUGUACGUAUGUAUGUAACACCAAAGUUUGUCAGCUCUCUAAAGGUGUCAUCCCUUGAGGGAAUUUGAUCAAACUUCACAAGUGAUAAUAGACCAUAACAUCUCGGACGAGUUUGUGUCUCGGGGUUUUCAUUUUCAGUGGGGGCCGGUAGGGGAUAUGUAUUGCUUUAGCAAUACUCAGUAUAUAUGCUUGGUUUUUUCUCAUGAUGUUUCCUGUCUGUUUAUUGCUAAUGCACCCAUUAAGCAGAGUACUGGGCAGUAUUAUAGCCAUAAUAUAUUGGGAUUAUGUAUCUAUCAAAGUGCUUUAAUUUCUUGGUGCCGAAGAUUUCAUUUUGUGAAAGGACUCAAGACCUAUACAGUUCAAAAUUCAUAUGAAACACAUAUACAUUGUUGGUGCACAUUGAAUUCUGAGUGUUUUGAAGGGUUACUGCAACAAAAGCUGAUACUUACUAUGCCAACCUUCAAACUGAAAUAUCUUACAAAACAGGAAGUCGGUAUAAAAAUUACUUUUGCUGUGUCCGUUGAUCAUAAAAAAAAAAAAAAAAAAUUUUUAACUCGGUUCAUAUGAUUAGAAACUUAAUUAGUUGCAGGUUUGAGAUGAUUUUUUUUGUUUUAUUUUUUUAGGAGUUGUACCCCUUGUAUGAAAUCCUAUUGAGGGAAAAUUUAAACUAUUGAUUAAAAAAAUACACAAUAUUGUGUGUAAUUAAUAAGAUAAAAAAUUGAACAUAAAUUUGAUUACAAAUAAGGCAAACAAAUUAGAAACUGAUAACUUAAGUUUUUUUCUCUCUGUGUAUAGUGAAUUCUGAUACAGGAAUAUGUUUGUUGGGCAUUUUACUGUUUUGCCGUGUUUUGUGCAUAGUUUGCAUUUAGUUUGUUUUUAUUUCCAAACCUAAGUUAUUUUUAGAUCUUUUGAUUGGUUGUAUUUUGUUACAGUGUAAUUGUUAAUUUUUGUGCCAAAAUUUUCUGUGUUAAGUUUGAUUAACUGUCAUUUGGAGAUUUUCACUGGAGACAUGCUGUAAUUUUAUCAUCACUGGUCUGUAGUGGUUAACUUUUUGUAAACUGUGCUGUGUAAAAUAUGAUUACUAUUUAACCUUCAAAGUACUCUGUACACACUGUAUACUCUGGUACCCAAACUUGAAGAAACACUAGAAACUAUCUAAACUUGGUGGAAAUAUGGCUGUGCACAAAUGUGCACCUACAGAGUUUGAAGAAAGAGUGUUAGAUGCAGGGCUGUUCAAAUUACCCUUUUCCGGUCCAUUCUAAAACAAGCUUUGCCGAAUACAGGAACCUUCCUUCUCAAAUUUCCCCAGGAUCUCUACUCUAUUUUUCUGUGUAUGUUCCCUUGGGUGCUUAAAUGACCAUAGCUCUUGAUAGAACGGUAAACAAUACAAAAACAAAC